AUGAAGCACCGCCCAGUGAUUGAGAAGUCAGAGAUAUCAGAGACAAGCGACCCUGAUCUAGAAAAAGCAACCUUUGAGGCUAAGAAGUUUGCUCGCAGAUAAACAAUAUUAGCCUAGCUUCAGCAAAAAUUUGACCAGCUAAAAGAGAUGGGUUAAUCACCAUUGGUUAGCAAGUUUAGAUAGGAGUAGUCGAUCAAGAGCUUCACUAAUGAAGAUGAUGUGAAAAGUAAACUCAUAUACGAGACUAUUACAAGAACUAAUGACACUGAAUACUUCAAGUACAUGAACGGCAUCAAUGAUAAGAUGAGUAAUGUUGAGGCUAUACUACAGUACUCCAAAGAUCCUUAUAGUUAUAUGCUUCAUAAGAAUAGAAGACUGCUUAUUAAGCUUCUUAAUCUCUAAAAGAACAGGUAAGAUGAGAUUUCACAGGAUAAAAAGUACAAGUUAUCAACUAUAUCAGUGAUGAACAGAAGACCAUCAUAGCCGAAUAUCUCUACUAAACAGCCUCUAAGUUCUAGAAAAAAGUUUGAUGCUUAUGUCAAACUCAGAAGAGAAACAAAAUUGCCAGAGCAUCUGAAAGCAAAACUUACGGAAAAUGAGUAAAAGGAUUUAACACAAGGUCUGUUGUUUGAUGAUGGGUAUUAAAGAAUGAACGAGAUAAACAAAGUAUUCACAGAUAGAAAGCUUAUAAGGCCAAAGACUAAUACGGGUCUCGGCUUUUCAAGAAAUAGAUAUCAAAAUUCAGAUGCACAAUAUAGUAUGAUUAGCGCUUUCGAUGCUGAGCAUAGGAAUAAUGGAAGUAGUAGCAAUUUCAUAGGUAAGGAUCCAAGCAAUAGAAUUCUGCUAGCAUAAACACAAAGAGAUGGGUUUAACUAAACAAAUACAUUCUCAUCAUCCACAUUUGGAAAUUUGAGGCCAAAGACUACUUUUAGUUAGACUAUGGGCCCAUUUAAUCAGAAAACAAUGCAUCUCAAGCUGUAGAAAUAGCUGUCAAUAAGAUAGCCAUUUAUUGAUACCAAUAAAGAUCUGGAGAUUUAUCAUGAUAUGCCUAAGCGUCAUCUAUCAGUGAAGUCCUUUGAUAAGUCUAAUAUUAAUAUGAGUUCUUAUAGAGGGAGUCCAUCUAGAUCACCUAGGAAGUAAUAGGACGUAUCUUCUCAGAUAAUGAUUAAAAGGCUAGAUAUGAUUAGAAAGAGCUGUGCAGAUGUUAUCUAGAAAUCAAAAAUCAAACUUAAAGAUCUCUAGCGGUAAAGAGAUGCGAAGUAAAUUCUAGACGAUAGACAAAACAAAUACUUUGAGUUAAUAGCUACAACAGUCGAGGAAGAAGACCCCACUCUGAUAGAGGCAUAUUAUGAGUUCAAGAAAAGAGAAGAUGACUUUGCCAAGAUUGAGAUUAAAAAAAUACUCUAAGAUUUCAAGAUAUCCUCUCUAACGUUCUAACAGUAACUGGAUAUGGCCAAGUGGGACUAUAGAUAUAAAAGAAAGAAGAGAAAUAAGAAUACAGAGAUUGUCAAUAGAAUGUAGCAAGAAUUAAACUAUAAGCCUAUUUAAUGA